GCGUGCGGGGAGGGACGGCGAUGGGGCGAGCCGUCAUUGACACAGCGGGAGGGUCAGGCCCCCGGACGUCGGCGCCAUGGAAGUGACACAGGUGGGAGCCGGGUGCGAGCUGCAGCGGUUCGGCAAGGUGCGCGCUCCGCCGCCCCCGCAAGAGAUGGCAAAUCCUGUGGUUGUUAUAAGUAGCUGCAGCUCUCAGGAAGAGGAAAAUCGCUGCACUUUUAACCAGCAUACAUCACCCUCUGAGGAGCUUCUGUUAGAAGACCAGAUGAGGCGAAAACUCAAAUUUUUUUUCAUGAAUCCUUGUGAGAAGUUCUGGGCUCGAGGCAGAAAACCAUGGAAGCUUGCCAUACAAAUUCUAAAAAUUGCAAUGGUGACUAUACAGCUGGUCUUUUUUGGGCUAAGUAACCAGAUGGUUGUAGCUUUCAAGGAAGAGAACACUAUAGCAUUCAAACACCUCUUCUUGAAAGGAUAUAUGGACCGAAUGGAUGACACGUAUGCAGUGUACACACAAAGUGAUGUAUACGAUCAGAUCACCUUUGCAGUGAACCAGUACUUGCAGCUCCGCAACACGUCGGUUGGGAAUCAUGCUUACGAGAACAAGGGCAUGGAGCAGUCUGCUCUGACCAUCUGUCAGCACUUCUACAGGCAAGGAAACAUCUGUCCUGGAAAUGAUACCUUUGACAUUGAUCCAGAAAUUGAAACUGAAUGUUUCUUUGUAGAGCCAGAUGAACCUUUUCACAUCGGAACACUGGAAGAAAAUAAACUGAACUUAACACUGGACUUUCAUAGACUCCUAACUGUGGAGCUGCAGUUUAAACUGAAGGCCAUUAAUCUGCAGACCAUUCGUCAUCACGAGCUCCCUGACUGUUACGACUUUACUCUGACUAUAACACUUGACAAUAAGGCCCAUAGUGGAAGAAUUAAGAUAAGUUUAGAUAAUGACAUUUCCAUCAGAGAAUGUAAAGACUGGCAUGUAUCCGGAUCAAUUCAGAAGAACACUCACUACAUGAUGAUCUUUGAUGCCUUUGUUAUUCUGAUAAGCUUGACCUCACUAAUCCUGUGCCUUCGAUCUGUGAUUAGAGGACUUCAGCUUCAGCAGGAAUUUGUCGGUUUUUUCCUCCUCCAUUAUAAGAAGGAAGUUUCUGUUUCUGAUCGAAUGGAAUUCGUCAACGGAUGGUACAUUAUGAUUAUUAUUAGUGACGUAUUGACAGUUAUUGGAUCAAUUCUGAAAAUGGAAAUUCAAGCGAAGAGUCUAACAAGUUAUGAUGUCUGUAGCAUACUUCUUGGGACUUCCACCAUGCUUGUGUGGCUUGGAGUCAUUCGGUACCUCGGCUUCUUUCAGAAAUACAAUCUCCUUAUUCUGACCCUGCAGGCAGCGCUGCCCAAUGUCAUCAGGUUCUGUUGCUGUGCUGCUAUGAUUUACUUAGGCUAUUGCUUCUGUGGAUGGAUCGUGCUGGGCCCGUACCAUGAUAAGUUCCGUUCUCUGAACGUGGUCUCUGAGUGCCUUUUCUCUCUGAUAAAUGGAGAUGAUAUGUUCGCCACGUUUGCAAAAAUGCAACGAAAAAGUUACUUGGUCUGGCUGUUUAGCAGAAUUUACCUCUACUCAUUCAUCAGCCUCUUUAUAUAUAUGAUUUUAAGUCUUUUCAUUGCACUGAUCACUGAUACAUAUGAAACAAUUAAGCAUUACCAACAAGAUGGCUUUCCAGAGACUGAACUUCGUACAUUUAUAUCAGAAUGCAAAGAUCUACCCAAUUCUGGAAAAUACAGAUUAAAAGACGACACACCAGUAUCUAUAUUCUGCUGUUGUAAAAAGUAGCUAUCAGGCUAAUCUGUGCCCUGGAGGGAAAUAUAAUGUGUAGCUGAGUUGGGAAACCAUAUGGAUAUUUUAAGAUCAGGUGUCGUAUGUUUAAAGACUAUUUCUUUGAGCAAACUGAUAGCUAUAAUUCAUCAAGAACUAUUUAUAUUUUUAAAAGCAGUAUUUAAUAUCUUUUGCAGCUUUAUGUUGGGUUUAUUUUAAACUAACUUUGAUGAGAGAAGCUAUUGAAUUCUUGUUAUUUCUUGUUUAUUUUGCCAUAGCUUUAGAAUGUGUUCUCCAUCCCCCUCUUUAGCUCUUAGCUUCCAGCUCUUCUGACUGGGCUGAUUGUAUCAUCAGUGGAGAAUAACGCCUGGUCUGACUUAACACAACUCACUAACCCUGGUCUUAACCACUCUCUGGGGUACAUCCCUGAGAGAGAGGGUUUGUGGUUGCUGUAUAUCAAUAAUCACUGCAUUUUAAAAUCUUCUCUUAAAGCGCAGAAUAAGAAAGACAACUGUCACCAGCUAACAGUCUCAACUUUCAUUCCGAAGGACAACUGUUAUAUGAUGCUGCUUUUAGUUCUGGAAAGAAUCAGGUUUUUUUUAUUAUUCAUGUAUAAGUUUUCUCUCCCUCAGUGUUAAAGUACGUAGUUGAAAGUAUCCUAUACAUAUAUAGAAAUUAAAGUGCGUACCAAAUGCAUAUUCAGUCCUGCAAGGAUUAGUGUAGUGCUUGCAUGGCCUUGCGCAAACUGUGUGAUGUACUCUGCCCUUCGCAGGCACAUUCAGUCUCAUGGAAGAGAGUGUUUUAGGGUCAAGAACUGUGGUUUCAGGUUUCAGGGGGAGAGGUUCUAAAACUCACAUUAAACAUAUUUUGAAAAACAAUUAUGCUUAAAACGUAAAAAUAAGUGGGAAAUGUAUGCCUUAAAUAGACACAGAAACAAAGUCUCCACUCCUUGGAUACUGCUGAUUGGAAUUUCAGGGAUUUUUACAACAUGUAUCUUUGUUUUGAGUGUUAUUUAUUCAAGUAGAAAUGAAUUCAAUGAUGUGCA